UAAAGAAAACAUUUCAAUUUGAUAUGAAUCUUGAGAACACAUUGUAUAUUUGAUUCCGUCCCCAUCAACUAUCAUAUAGUUUUUGCAAAAAGCAGCUGUAUAUAUAUGUAUAGUAUAUCACACCCACCAACAAUUCAACCCUUUCUUUCUCUCCAGCUUGCAAUUAUCUCUUCUUCACACUCACAGACAUGGAAGAUACUUGUGUGCGCUCCCUACUGGAAAACCUGAACCGGCUACGUCUCCAUCAGGCCGAUUUGAUCUCCGACGUAAAGGAUCAGAUCCAAAGGCUUGAGAAGAAUCUGCUUUUGUUCAAAACAUUCCUCAACGAGUCAACAGAAAAGCGCGAGAUCCCGAAAAAAGUGAUUGAGGAUAUCAGAGAAGUGGUUUACAAAGCAGAGGACGCUGUCGAUGUAUAUGUGAGCCAGGCGCUGGAGAAGGAGACUGAAAAGUACUUCAGAAGGGCUUCUGAUCCGCCGGCGAAGCUUCUCGACGUCGUCGAAGAGGUUGAGUCAACAGCCCAGAGGGUUCAAGAAAAUUUUUCCAGGUUGCUCUCUGAAAGCGAGUUGCUAAUUGGAGAUGCAUCUGACCGUACGCCUACUCAACUACAAAACCUGGAACGAAAUCAGGUUGUUUAUCAGGGUUCUUCCAUGAGGCAAGACACUGUGGUGGGUAUUGAAGAUGAAACCAACAAAAUCAUCGGAUAUCUAAUUGAAGAAACGGAGAAAUUAGAUGUCAUCUCUAUUGUUGGUAUGCCUGGCCUUGGUAAGACAACAUUAGCAAGAAAAGUUUUCCGUCAUCCAAGAAUUGAAUACGAGUUCCCCAUUCGGCUAUGGGUCUCCGUUUCUCAAGUAUACAGGGUAAAGGAUAUAUUUCUUGGCAUGUUGCGUGACUUGAGUUGGAUUACGGAGGACAUGUAUGAUAAAACUGUUCAGGAGAUAGCACGAACACUUCAUGCACGUCUAGAGAAAGAAAAGUUCUUAAUUAUCUUGGAUGAUAUGUGGACUACUGAAGCCUGGGAUGAUCUCCGACAUGCCUUUCCAAUUAGGAGCAAUAAGUCGAAUAAAAUAUUGAUAACCAGUCGUUCAAGAGUGGUGGGUCAAGCUAUUAACCCUAACAGGGAAUCCCACUGUUUGCGUUUCCUAACCUACGAAGAAAGCUGGAUGCUAUUAAGAUACUUGGUAUUUGGACAUCGCAAUUGCCCUCAAGAACUGGAAGUGAUCGAAAGAGUUAUUGUUGACAUGUGUUGUGGCCUGCCGCUUCUAAUAAUGCUGGUGGGUGGAGUUCUGGCAAAAACAGCUUCAACAGGAGAAAUGAAGGUGAUGCAAAGUUCAUGGAAGAAAGUCGCUGAAAGCUCCAAGACAUUUGACUACAGCGACAUGGAAAAAAGAUUCCAGCAAAUUGUUUUAUUCAGUUACAAUGCAUUACCGUCUAACUUGAAGCCCUGCUUUCUGUAUCUGAGAAUGUUUCCUGAAGACUUUGAAAUCUCAUCCAAGAGAUUGAUUCUCCUGUGGAUUGCAGAAGGGUAUAUAGAACAAAAAACAGAGAUAAGUUUGGAGGAAAUCGCAAAGCAAUAUUUGGAGGAUCUCAUUAGUAGAAACCUGGUAAUGACUGACAAAUUGAGCACCACUGGUGAAAUUAAAAUUUGUCGUGUCCACGACCUUAUACGUGAUUUCUGCGUUACUGUAGCUUACGAACACUAUUUCCAAGAAAUACAUGGGCAUGGUGGCGAAGUACAUGCUUACUCAAUUUCUAAUCUACAAAGGAUGCGCCACAUUGCUAUCGACUUCAAUAAUGUGAUCAAUUUCAUAUCAUCACAACCUUAUGGUCCACGUGUUCGCAGUAUUUUGUGUUCGUUGAGAGAAGAGAUCAUUUUGCUACCUACGAACGUUUCAGCCAUAGCAGAUGCUUUCAAACUAACCAGGGUUCUGGAUGUCAGGUCCAUCAGAUUUACUAGAUUCCCAUUUUACUUAACUCAACUAGUUCAUUUGAGGUACAUUGCUUUGACCAGUGAUUUCAAGGUCCUUCCUGAAGCCAUCUCUAAGUGGUGGAGCAUACAAACGAUUAUAGUUUUUACAUCAUCACGUGUCCUGGAAAUCAAGGCAGACAUAUGGAAGAUGGUUCAUCUAAGGCAUUUGAAAACCAAUGCAUCGGUCAUCUUACAAAAUGCAGGAGCUGGUGGCAACGGCGAAAAAAUCCAAACACUUGUCAACAUAUCACCUCAAAGUUGCACAGACAACUUAUUCGAAAGGGCUAUCAACCUGAAGAAAUUGGGCAUCCGGGGGCAACUAACCAUGCUACUCGAUGACAAGGGUGGCUCUACUACAUUUGAUAAUUUGGGAAAAUUGCAACAACUUGAGAAGUUGAAACUAUUGAAUGAUCUACAUAUUCAUCCAAAAGAAGCUAAAUUGCCCGGUCUUCCUCCACCUCACAUAUUCCCAAAGAAACUGAUUAGCCUGACACUAUCAUAUACUUUACUUGGUUGGGAGCAAAUGUCUGUCCUUGGAAUGUUGGAGAACCUCAAAGUACUCAAGUUGAAAAAUGAUGCAUUCACUGGAGAGCGUUGGGAAGCAGCGGAUGGAGGUUUUCAACAACUUGAAGUGUUGCAAAUUGAGUAUGCGGAUUUGGUUUUCUGGGAGGCUUCAAGUCAUCACUUCCCUAAGCUUCAACACCUUAGUCUUAGGAACUGUGAGGAACUUAAAGCACUUCCAUUUGGCCUGGCAGAUAUAUUAAGCCUCCAGGUAAUAGAUUUACACCGUACCACAAAGUUAGCAGCUGUUUCUGCCAGGGAAAUUCAGGCCGACAACAAAGGAAGAAGAUUGAAGCUCUCUAUUUUUCCUUCCUAUGAAUGAUAUAUUCUCAUUUGCUUUAACAAGUAUGAAUUUUCAUUUACUUUGUCUA